CUUGACCUUGACACUCAGAGCAAUCCUGGGUCUGAAAAUUUUAGUAUUGCAAAUGCACAAACUAUGCUGCACCAGUGGCAUGACCCUGCCCUUGAAGGGACACUCCAACAUUGGUGGAUGCAUUCCAGGAAAAAUAUCAAACCAGAAAUCAUGUGGUCUCAACUUCAUAGGUGUUUUACUCCCAGUUUUGAAUCACUGCUGGAAUAUGGGGUUCAUCAAGGCUGGUAUGACAUUGAUAAUACACUCCAGUGUAUGAUUUUUUGGUGGAUUUUUAUACCCUGGCUUCAAGAAGAACUCAAUGGUUAUCAGUGA